UCCGGUCUGGAAGCUGGUUUCCUUUGUGGGUCCCGGACCGGUGCAGGGUGGGCGGGUAGACCGCCGGCCCGGCGGCUUAGCUAACGAAGCCGGGUUGUGGUGUGUGUGUCCUGGGUUUUGGGGAGGGCUCUGAGGGCGGAGAGGGGCGGCGUUGUGGAGCUUGGGACCAGACACCGGGAGAAGCCCCCCUUCCCUCUCUGGGCAUGGAUGGACCGGCCUGACCCCCUUCCCUCCCCAACCGCGGGGAGUCCAGUGCCUCACUUUCCUCCUGAUGCCAUUACCUCCGAGUGACUGAAGGCGGUGCAUCUCUCCUGUUUUGACACCAGCCUUUGGUGGGUCCUUCUUGAGAGUCUGUAGGGAGAGCUGGUUCCCUACUGGAGAGUCAAGACAGUUGGAUCCUCAAGCUAAAGUGAUGUUAGCUCCUAGAUGACGGAUCCGCAGCAGUAAGUCUGGCUCUUAAGAAUGAAGACAGAGAAGUCUCCAGGAAUGUAGGGAUUCCUCCUAGGAGGAAACUUAAGCCUGACACCAGAACUUCCAGGAAGAGGCUGCAGAACCGAUGCUGAAACUGAUGGAGUUGGAAGGAUUCCUGAUAAUCCUGUAAGGGAAAGGUCAGGAUUUGGGUGAAGUCACAAGGUACACAGAGAACAUGGAACAGUGGAUGACCAUGGAGCAUUUGACUCAGAUUCUUGAGGGAAAAGCUUCAUCUUCUCAGGACCCUGGCCUUUCUCAAGAGGGGAACCCAGAGGAGGAGCAAAUGACAAUUCUUUUCCUGAAAGCCAGGUUCCAGGAAUCAGUGGCCUUUAAGGAUGUAGCUGUGGACUUCACCCAGGAGGAAUGGGGGCAACUGGAUCCUGCUCAGAGGGACUUGUACAGGGAUGUGAUGCUGGAGAACUAUGGGAACCUGGUCUCACUGGGGUUUCCAGUUUCUAAGCCAUAUGUGAUCUCCCAGCUGGAGCAAGGGGAAGAACCCUGGGUGGUGGAAAGAGAAGUCUCAAGAGGCAUCUGCCUAGACUUGGGGACCAGGACUGAAAUCAAGGAAACUGUAAAGCAGGAUGUGUCUGAAGAAGGAUUAUCUCAAGAAGUGAUCAUUCAAAGAUUCACAAGAGAUAGCCUUUGGAAUUCUAAGUCAGGUGAUGCCUGGGAACAUGAAACAUGGUUACAAGGGGAGCCAAGAAAUCAGGAAACAUAUUUAAAGGAAGUGCCAAUCAACCACAAGCAAUUACCAAUCUGGGAAAAAGACCAUAGAUGUAAUGACCUUGGAAGAAGUUUCAAUUUAAGUUCCAUCCUUGUUGCACAACACAAAGUUCCUAUGGGAGACAAAUCGUAUAAAUAUGAUGCAAAUGGAAAUAACUUCCAACAAAAUACACUAACAAUUAGCCAUCAGAAAAUUGAUUUGCGGAACAAACCUUGUAAAUGUAAUGAAUGUGGAAAAGCCUUCCGUUAUCACUCAGAACUUACUCGACAUAGGAGAACUCAUACUGGAGAGAAGCCCUAUGAAUGUAAUGAGUGUGGGAGAGGCUUCAGUCAGAGUUCAUCCCUCACUCUACACUUGAGAUUUCACACUGGAGAGAAACCCCAUAAAUGUAAUGAAUGUGGGAAAGCAUUCAGGCACACCUCGUCUCUUGUUAAACAUCAGAGAAGUCAUACUGGAGAGAAACCUUAUGAAUGCAAUGAAUGUGGAAAGGCCUUCAGCCGGAGUACACACCUUACAGAACAUCAGAGAAUACAUACUGGAGAGAAACCUUAUAAAUGUAAUGAAUGUGGAAAAACCUUCAGCCGGAGCACACACCUUACUGAACAUCAGACAAUUCAUACUAGAGAGAAGCCCUAUAAAUGUAAUGAAUGUGGGCAAGCCUUCAGUCACACCUCCUCCCUUGUUAAACAUCAGAGAAUUCAUACUGGUGAAAAACCCUAUGAAUGUAAUGAAUGUGGGAAAGCCUUCAGUCGAAGAACACAUCUUACUCAACAUCAGACAAUUCAUACCGGGGAGAAGCCCUAUGAAUGUAGUGAAUGUGGAAAAGCCUUCAGUCACAUAUUAUUUCUUACAAAACAUCGGAAAAUUCAUACUGAAGAAAAACCCUAUGAAUGUGAUGAAUGUGGGAAAGCCUUCAGUCAUACUUCAUCUCUUAUUAAGCAUCAGAGAACUCAUACUGGAGAGAAACCCUAUAAAUGCAAUGAAUGUGGGAAAGCCUUCAGUCAUACUUCAUCACUUAAUAAGCAUCAAAGAACUCAUACUGGAGAGAAACCCUAUGAAUGUAAUGAAUGCGGGAAGGCUUUCAGUCAAAGUUCAUCUCUUGCACUACACCAGAGUUGUCAUACUGGAGAGAGACCCUAUACGUGCAGUGAAUGUGGAAAAGCCUUCAGUCACACUGCAUCCCUCAUUAAGCAUCAGAGAACUCAUACUGGAGAAAAACCCUAUGAAUGUAAUCAGUGUGGGAAAGCCUUCAGCCAGAGUUCAUCCCUUAUUAAACACCAGAGGACUCAUACUGGAGAGAAACCAUACGGAUGUAAUGAAUGUGGAAAGGCCUUCAGCCAGAGUUCCUCCCUUUUUAAACAUCAGAGGACUCAUAGAAUUAUAAAAUAUUAGUGUUGGAAGAGUCUUCCUUGGUCGUAUAGUCAACCCCCUUCUUCAAGGUCACCCAGCUGAUAAAUGGCAGAGCUGCGACUAAAAGCUAGGUUUCCUGACUCCCAGUCCUUUGCUCUUUCCAUUAUCCCUUAUACUGUAUAGAAAUGUCAUGAAUUAAAAUAUAUGGUAAUAACAGCUCAGAUUUAUAUAGCAUUUAAGGUUUGCAGAUUGUUUUCUUAACAACCCUAUGAAGUAGGUAGUAAAGUAUUAUCCCCAUU